CCGGCUUCUCGCUGAGGAUUCAAUUUACCGAACGCAUGUGACACGAGACGUCGGCGAAAUUUAAAUUGUUCUUGUAUCUGUCGCUUUUGUGUCAGGAAUGUUCAGAUAAAUUUUAAUUGAGGCACGAAGAGUUCAGAGUUGUGCGAUGCGUGGCGAUCGCGGAGCGACGCCGUGCCGACGUUGGGAUGUGGAACGUCGCGACGCCGUCGGCCGUCAGUCGCGACCGUGGCGUUGUGCGUGAGAGUGUCGGUGUGGCUGCGUGCGUCCCGACGCCAUGCGGUGCCGUAGUACGCGAUGCUAAGGCCGACGACGUCGUCGACGGGCGCCGCGAGGGCCGUCCGUCUCCUGUUGCUUCCGCUGCUGGCGGCGGUCACGGGCGGACGCGGUGUCGAUGCACUGGAGUUAGGCUCGUGUUCCGGAGCCCUGGGCAUGGAAUCCGGUUUCAUUAAGGACUCGGCCAUUUCUGCCAGUUCUGCCUACGAUUCAGCCAGCGUUGGACCCCAUCACGGCAGAUUGCGAAACGACAAGAAUGGCGGGGCGUGGUGUCCGAGACAUAUGGUGUCCAGGGACGGGAAGGAGUAUCUCGAGAUAAAUCUGGACGAGAUGCACGUAAUUACUGGAUGCAGAACGCAGGGUCGAUAUGGGAAUGGUCAGGGUCAGGAGUAUGCCGAAGAAUAUAUGAUCGAGUACUGGAGACCGGGCUUCAACAAGUGGGUGAGAUGGAAAAAUCGAAUGGGAAAGGAGUUACUAGCAGGCAACACUAACACUUUUACAAUCGUGGACCAGAAACUGGAGCCCCCGGUGAUUGCCAGUAAAUUCCGCUUCCUCCCCUACAGCGAUCACGUCAGAACAGUCUGCAUGAGAGUUGAACUACUGGGCUGUAAAUGGACAGAGGGGUUGCUGAGCUACAGCAUGCCGCAAGGAAUACGUCGCGGCGCGGAUAUGGAUUUAACUGACAGGACUUACGACGGCAAGGAGGAGAGCAAUCAGCUUUUUAAUGGCUUGGGUCAGCUUGUCGACGGACAAAAGGGCAGGGACAACUUUCGAUUAGACCUCGCUGGAAACGGAAAAGGUUACGAAUGGGUCGGAUGGCGCAACGAUACACCUGGCUGGGCCGGACAUCCACUCGAGAUCCUUUUCCAAUUCGACAGGGUCAGGAAUUUCUCUGCGGCUCACCUGCACACCAACAAUCUCUUCACCAAAGACGUACAGGUCUUUUCGCAUGCACGUGCUUUCUUCAGCUUCAACGGGAACACGUUCAACGGCGAACCGGUGCAUUUUUCCUACAUGCCGGAUCUGGUGUUGGAGCACGCACGUAAUGUCACCAUCAAGCUCCACCAGAGGAUCGGUAGGUUUCUAAAGCUGCACCUGUACUUCGCCUCCAGAUGGAUUCUCAUCAGCGAAGUCUCGUUCGAUUCAGUUGCGGUGACCGGCAAUUUCAGCGAGAUGGAAGAGGAUCCCCCGGCGCCGGAAGUGGGCCGAGAGUAUCCGCUCCAACGGGACGAGGUAAAGACCGUCACCGGCACGAAAUCCGGCACCAACAACACGACGAGCAACACGGUGACGACAAAAACCGGGGCCGACGACGAGCCAAAACACUACAUCGGAUUCGUUAUCGGCGUGCUGACGGUCGUGAUAUUGAUUCUGGUGGCGGCGAUUGUGUUUAUUGUCUUUAGGAAUCAGCGGCUUAAGAGCGGCGACGAUGCGGUGGACGUUGCCGAUUAUCCGACUCUGAGGGACGACGUGAAGAGGGCGGCCGACGAGAAGAUUAUUUUGGACUGUAAUGGAGACAAAGCUGUCUUAUACCUAGAAACUAACAGGACUAACGUUGUUCCUCUAUCUCAAACAACAAUGUGCAGCUCCGAGUAUUCAGAGGUGCCAGAUGUAGUGUGCCAGGAAUACAGUAGUCCACAGCCUCGACAAAGUCGUUCGUACUCUCAGUCGUCGCGAGUGAAACCGCCAAUGUUGAACUUCCUGCCAAAGCCGCCCCCGGUGCCGCCUCCCCCGGAAAACUACUACGGUCGUUCCUCCGCAUCGCUUCCCGUUACGCCGACACUGCAGCCCGGACUAAACAGAUCCAGCAUCAACUCGCAUUACAUGCUGACGCUGAGCCCGCCACGGGAGAAGCCGCUACAAUUGGUCGAGCCCACCUUCAAGGAGUUCCCGCGCGACCAGCUCCGCAUCAUCGAGAAACUGGGCGACGGACGUUUCGGCGACGUCCACCUGUGCGAAACCCUCACCACGCCGCAACGACACAAUUUAGUCGAGUGCAAGUUCGUGCUUGUGUACACGUUGAGGUUGGACAGUUUGCGUGGUGAGUUCGAGGCCGAAGUUAGGACCUUGUCGAGGAUCGGUGAUGUGAAUGUGUCGAGGCUGUUGGGCGCUUGUUUGGACAGUGAGCCGGUCUGUGCGGUCAGGGAGUACUCGCCCAUGGGCGACCUGUGCCAGUUCCUGCAGGACCACGUCGCCGAAACGGCCACUCCCUUGGCACCCACCGCAAAUACCUUAAGUUACGGCUGCCUUAUUUACAUGGCCACCCAAGUGGCGUCUGGUAUGAAAUACUUGGAAUCACUGAAAUACGUGCACAAGGACCUCGCAGCACGGAACUGCUUAGUCGGAAGGCGAUACGAAAUCAAAGUGUCCGAUCUGGGAUCGUAUCGGCAGAUGUAUAGCGCGGAUUACUUCCAAAUUGCGGACUCCAGACCUCUGCCGAUCAGAUGGAUGGCCUGGGAAAGUGUCAUUUUAGACAAAUUCACGAGCAAGAGUGAUGUAUGGUCGUUCGCUGUCUUGCUGUGGGAAAUAUUGACUUUUGCUCGGGAGCAGCCGUUCGAAGAGUUCAGCGACGAUAGAGUUAUAGAAAACGUCACUCACUUCUAUCAGGAUGACGGCGAGCACGUAAUUUUGGAUGUUCCAAUCAAUUGUCCGAAGGAGAUGUUUGAUCUGAUGUGCGAAUGCUGGCAAAGGAACGAAAACGACAGGCCGAAUUUCCGGGAAAUCCAUCUCUUCUUGCAGAGAAAGAACCUAGGGUACAACCCGGACCUUCACUGAUGUCAUACUGCUGCACCCAAUCGACAAUAAAACUGAAGAGUUACGUGAUAUUUUUCUCAUUCACUCAAUGGCGAAUGUCAGAUACAUUCUAAAAUUAAUGCAAAUUAGGACUAGUGUGUACGUGAGGUAGCUGUGGCAAGAAGUUGAAUGAAAUUACGGUUUAUUGUUUUAUACGGAUGAAUCAGUCUUUAUUACAGGAAAGAAGGAAAAUUAUUGUCGAAUUUUAGAGCCCGACGUGUAUUUUAUAUCAAUUUUCUGCCACAAAGCUUCCAGGGAAAUAUAUAAUAAUGAUAUAUCGAUACGAAAUUGUAUAAAGGUUGUUAUUGCUUUGUAUAGGUAAUAAACUUUUUAAUAUAUUAUUGAUGCUUUUUGCCCGCUUUUGUGCCUUUCAGCCAUACCUGCAACACUUGAAUAUUUAAUUUAAUAGUAUUACAGGAAUUUUUUAUAACUCAAUAUGUCAUUUAUUUAUUUUUACACAUUCACUUUUCAGCGAAUUCAGUAUAAACAUAUUACUUAAUACUAACCUGAAUGAAUUUAUUAUUUAUUAGUAAAUGUGUAAAUAUAACUUGCUGUCACUUUUGUAAUUUGUAAAUACUCAAGCUGUUUCCUCAUAGGCCUAAAGUUAACAUUUUUAGCGGUAUACUGAAAUACUUUAUUGGUAAAAACGUAUUUCUAAUUUACCUAGGCAUUUUGUAAAUUGUUUUAGAAACCACUACUUAGUUGUAUAGUCAUAGAAACCAUUUUUAAAAAUAAUACAUGUAAUUGUCCUAAGGAAGAAUAUGUUAUAUUAUAUUACUGCCUUUUUAUUAUUGACUGACGUUAUAGUGCAAAGUUUUAGUUUAUUUGUACUUAGCAUUAAGUUGUACAUAUGUAUUUAUUCUGUUUUUGUACAUUACAAUAUAUACACUAAAUUUGUUGAUACUGGUAACUUGGACCAAGAAAAAUAAAAUUUGGAAAUUUUAA